AUGUCUUUUGUAACAGAUGUCCUUUCUCCUGGAGGCGGAGUGAUGCUCCUUCCCUUUGUCCGUCUCGUCAUUGGGUGCUUACUAGUACUCAUCAUGACCAUGUUUGUGGCCGGUGUAGCACGACUUCACAUGGCCAUUCUGACGGUUCUCAGUAGUGGACUCCUGGUAUCCUUGUCCUUUUUCGAAUCAGAAUACAAGAAAGCUCGGGCUCGCGCCGAAAUGUCAUCGGGUGGUGGGGCGCCUCCUGCCGGUACUACAACAACAGGCAAAGGGAAGGAAGCCAACAAGACAGACUAACUAAUCUACCGCAUGGAGAUGUCGAUUGGUUGUGCCAAGAAUUAUUGCGUUGGUUGACCAUGGCAUUUUUCUACGAGUGAAACAUCUAAAUACUGGAAUCCCUGGCUAUCACACAAUUCACUUCCUCGGUGGUUGCUAUGAUAUCUAGCUAGCUAGGGGCUCUACAACUAAUAGUAUAUCUUUUUGUGAAGCAUUGGCUUCAUUCUUUUGCUGAAAAACUUCUACUAUUAGACAACUCUACUAGCUAGCUAUACAAAUCAGCAUAAAUAAUAGUAACUCUUCUUUUACAUAUU